AUGGAGAAGAGGGUCCGCGACCACCUGCUGGACGUCCUGAGGGACCUGAGGCACGACCAGCUGCAGGCGUUCAAGCGCGAACUGCUUCGGUUCCUCGGCGAAACGGGCCACGAUCGCCCAAUCCUCAUGUGGGAUCUGGAGAAUGCCGAUGCCUUGGCGCUCAGUGAUCUGCUGCUUAGCCGUUUUGGAACAUGGAACAGAGGGACUGUCAAAAGGAACCUCAUAAAAAUCCUAUGGGACUUAGAAGGGGAGGACCUGAAAACAUUCAAAGACAAACUCAGUGAGUUUUCAGUGAAGGAGGGAUUUGAAAACAUCCCCAAAGAGAUCCUGCAGGAAGCCCAUUGGUUUGAAAUCAGUGACAUCCUGCUGAAGUACUAUACAGAGGAUCGCGCUGUGGAGGUGACUGCUGCUGUGCUGGAAGCCAUCAACUGCAAGGACCAGGCACAGAGGCUCCUCACUCUCAGCAAGGCUCUUUUAUACAGGCCACAGAAAAUUUUUUCAUAUCCUUCACCAGCAACAUGGAGCAGACAAAGAGAGAUUGUCAAAAUUAACCUCAUGGACACCCUGAUAGGCUUGGGAGAGGAGGAUCUGAAAAAGUUCAAAGACAGACUCAGUGAGUUCUCCGUGAAGGAGGGAUUUGAAAACAUCCCCAAAGAGAUCCUGCAGAAAUCCCUUUCACUCGAACUCAGUGACAUCCUGCUGAAGUACUACAGACUGGAUGAUGCUGUGGUGGUGACUGCUGCAGUCCUGGAAGCCAUCAACCACAAGGAUCAGGCACACAGGCUCCUCGUUCUCUGCAGGACUGAAGCAGCAACAUCUGAGCUCCGACCAGUUCUUCCAAAGAUUACAUGUGUAGGAAAUGAUUUGGAAGAUGUAUCACUAAGAAGCCAGAUGAGGAAGAAGAAAUCAAGAAGACAGAGGUCCCUGAGGAAGACCCUUCGGACCUUGGACUGUGUGACUGGUUUCCCCCUGAGGAGCGUCUUAAACCAGCCUCGUUUUCAUCUGUACUCCUGUGUGGUGCUCAUACUGGUGAACAACCUUCCCUCCCCAGGGUCAGCUUCUUGCCUUUUGCCACCUGAGAAUCUUGCAGAAGAAAUCAGGCCAGAAAUGGUUUGGGAUUCACAAAGGAGCUUCGAAAUGUACAGGAUACACUGCCCUGAGGCUGGCUCCUUCCGUUGCUACUACAGCAAUCUCAUAUUUGAGGUGAGAGAAGCUGUAACCAUAACAUACUGGAAUGAUUCAUGGAAUCAGCACCUGAAAGGAGAGAAGCCGUCUUGGAUGAUUAUCGCCGGCCCUUUGUUCAACAUCCAAGCGGAGCCAGGAGAGGCUGUGGCCGCCGUUCACCUCCCUCACUUCCUGUGUCUUGCAGACGAAGACCGCUCCCAAGUCCAAAUUGCACAUUUUGUUGAAGAAGGGAUGAGUUUGGAGAAACCAGACAGCGUGGAGCCAACUCAUGUUGUGUUGAAAAACCCAACGUUCUCUCCCCGUGGAGUAAUUUUUAGAGUGCUUUCAUCUUUGAUCAAAAAAAUAAGAGUCCAUGCUGAGGCACUGGUCUACCAGGCACCUGCCACAAGCCUAAAACUCCGCCUAUACCUUCUCCCCAAUGACAGCUCCUUAAGGAAGGCUGUUGAUGAACAUGAAGAGAAAUGUAAAUCAUGGAAAGUAGAGAAGUCCGGUCCAACCAGGCCUUUGACUCUUGGCUCUUGCUUCUGUGUGCAAAGCUCAAGUGAUAUCACAGUCAGGCCCAGGGAGCAGACAUUUGAAUACUUGGAUUCUGACAUGGAUCAACAGUACUUUGAAGUGUAUUCUAAGCACACGCCAGAAGAGUUGGAACUCAUCCUGAUGGAGAAGGACACAAAUGAACAAGUGUGGGAGGCCACUGUGAGACAAGGAGACCUGACAUCUUUCCAUUUGCAUCCAAACAAAGGUGAUAGUAGCUGCAUACAGACUGAUGAGCCAUCUGUUGGUGCUACCUUAGAAAGAAGUGAGUCACAUCCUUUGGCUUCCUCGGAACUACAUUUCAUUGAGCAGCACCGGGAUCAGCUGAUCCAGAGGACCACCGAUGUAGAGGGCACUCUGGAUUUACUGUAUGGAAUCAUUCUGAAUCAAGAGCAUUACGAAAAAAUCACCUCAAAGGGAACAAACCAGGAAAAAAUGCGGGAGCUCUACAAGCUGCUGCCAGGCUGGGAUUGCUCUUGUAAGGAUAAGGUUUAUGAGGCACUGAGACUCAAAAACCCCUUCCUGAUUGCAGACCUCGAAGGGAGAUGAGGCAACAAGGAGCAUGGCCCCUCCAGGACACAGGAAAUCCAACUGCAUACUGUAUGCAGGAGAGUUCGUAAACUCAAAUUACUUGCAGCACUAACUAGGCAACAGCUCAGCCACAAGACAAAAUUUGAUCUCUCUUCUUUUUGGUGGUCCUCUGCCCAGAGAAUACAUAGACUAGAAAUAAGUCUUUGGCCUAACUACAGCCUAGGACCAUAGGGUUCCCUUGGCUGGGUGAGAGGCCCAAUGGAGAUAAGAUAUAUGUUCCCCGCAGGCUUAUAUCUCUCUCCCUCCAGAGGUGUCAUAUACAUGACACGGUGGUGGUCAAAACUGGGCAGAGUGAGGUGGCCAGUUCUGGGAGAGGAAAGCGAACAUAGGAAGCUACCAUUUAUUGAGUCAGACCAUUGGUCCAUCUAACUCAAUAAUGUCUACACAGACUGGCAGCAGCUUCUCCAAGGUUACAGGCAGGAAUCUCUCUCAGCCCUGUCUUGGAGGUGCUGCCAGGGAGGGAACUUGGAACCAGAGUUCCAAGAGCAGCCCCAUCCCCUGAGGGGAAUAUCUUACAGUGCUCACAUGUAGUCUCCCAUUCAAAUGCAACCAGGGUGGACCCUGCUUAGCUAAGAAGACAAGUCCUGCUUGCUACCACAAGACCAGCUCUCCUCUGGUAGAGAACGAACCCCAUCUGCGGCUCAUUUACUGCAUGCCCAUCCAACCCAUAGCAGCCUCCACUGACGGAGUCAUUCUUUUGUCUUGGGGCUAGUUUAGUUUGUGCUCCCUCUAGCUGUCUCCCUACAGUUCUCCCUCAUUCUGCAUAUUUGUACAUAAGGAGAUUUUACUAAGACUGAGUCGGCCUCCAGUACUCUCUCCUCCAAAGAAAACUGGCCCUGAAGGCUGGACCUCAUUUUUUUGCAGGGGUGGGAGGACUGGCAGGUUUUCUGGUAAUGUGCAUUCCUGCUGAUGGACUCAUUGGUUAUCCUGGAUGCCCAUCUCAGGAGCAUCCUAUUAGCUGUGGCAUUAAAUGGCUGGCCUACUGCCUAGAGGCACAAGGUGGACACAAAAUCCAAAAGCCAGUGACCUCCAUCCAAACUAAGAGUUGCCUGCCGAGAAUACUUCUGCAUACAAAGAGGGGUGAUUUUCAGCAAUCCCACCUUCCUUCUGCAACCUCCUGUUCAACAGGACAAUGCAAGGUCUUGUUUCAACCACUGUAAGGUGUCAUGGACUGUCUCGGGCCAGUCCUGGCCCUGAAGGGUUUAAUAAAAGGAUAAUUUUGGACAGAUUUUAGUUCUUUAAAGAUGUUCUCAAAUGUCUCCAACAUGCCCCACUGUUUGUUUGUUUGUUUGUUUGUUUGUUUGUUUGUUUGUUUUUGCAUCCCAUUUGAUUUUUAAGGGCUCAUUCUGUUCCAUCCUGGUUUUGGCUGGGAAUGGGUUAAUAAUGUUUUAUUAAUGCCUGGAUUUCACUCCUGCCCUCUUGUUCACAUGAGUAUUUAACAGGCCUUGUUGUUCCUGGCAAAUAAAUUAUUUAUGAAAUGUCAGUUCUGGACCAUUCCUGGCUGUGAAAGGGAUUGGAAGAAGAAUGAUAUUGUUAUUAUUAUUAUUUAUUAUUAUUAUUAUUAUUAAUUAAUAUUAUUAUUAAUAUUAAUAAUAUUAAAAUAGCCACCCUUGCAAACAAUUCAGGUCUUAGAUGUGACAUAGGAGCUUUUAGUUUUUUAUUUAUUUCCAGAUAGUAUACCUUGCCCCUUCUGCCAACAGAAACCCAAGGUGGUUUAAAAGAAAGUUUUAAAUCCCAUUCAGACAUAACAAUAAAACCAGGGGUGUAACUACCAUUAGGCAAGGGGAGGCAGUCGUCUCGGGGCCCCACUGCCUUGAGGGCCCCCCCAGAGGCACGUCACAUGACUCCCCACCCACCCGUGUUGCACCCCCUAUGAAUUAUGUUGAGUCUCUUGGAAAUCAGCAGUAGCAGAGAGUAAAAAAAACUAGAUUCUAUGUGAAGUUGAUAUUCACUGUAUUCAUAAUGGGGAUGUGAGUGUGAAUGCACUAUAUAUUGUGAAGUGUGUUUCUGUGUGUAUAUCAGCAAGGGGCCCAUUUUAAAAUCUUGUCUAUGGGCACACUCCAACCUUGCUAUGUCCCUGAAUAAAACAAAAUAAAAACCAGUAAAAAGUCAA